AUGUUCAGGUGGCGAGAUUGUACUGAAGGGCACAUCAUUUUGGGUUUACUGUUGAGCUUGAUCAGCUGGAUAUGUCUUAUCUUGACUACUUUCUCAACACCGUACAUCCAUGCAAUCGAUUUCCUUCACAUCCCGUCUUCAGCGAUUAGUUAUGGUUCAUUUGGAUAUUGCAGUCCAACGAGCUGUAUUGGACCUCAAGUAGGAUAUGCGAGAGGAGGGGAUAUCACUGGAUGGUUGACUAAGACUUUAAUCCUAUUCGCAUUAGCAUCAACGUUCAUGAUCCUAGCUUGGAUAACAUUAGUACUAAGUUUAUUAAAAGUCGGAAAGUUUAUGUGGAAUCCAGUCUAUUUCAGAACAACAGCUUUACUUGGCUCCUUGAUGGCUAUACUGGCAGAAGCGUUCGCUCUAGUUCUAUUCGUCAAUGCCAAAAGGAAACAUAACGAUAAUGGGAUUCAAGCCAAGUACGGAGCUGCGCUGUGGUUAGGUCUAGUAGGAGCCAUCACUGCUUUUUCAAGCGCAGCAAUUGGUGGUCCUGCUUAUCAAGGGAAUUACAUGUACAGAGCAGACAGAAGACAAGCUUAUAACGUGUGA